UGGCGGCCUCCACAAGGGACUUGAAAUAACUUACGUAAAGUUGGUUUUUUGAACUAUUUAGCUUCGUUAAGGCGUUCAAAAGGUAACUGAAACUUAUAGCCUUGAUGAUCUGAGAAUGGCUAGUAGUACUACCCCUCAGUUACAACACAGCACCCCAGAAGGGAUUAUCAAAAAAUGCACAACCUAUGCAAACCUUCUCACAGAAGCAGCAAUAGCUGAUGAAAACAAGCUUAAAGCAGCUCAAGAAAUAAGUGAAAAUUUUGAGACUAUAGUUCAGUCGUCUAGCUAUCCUGCCUUUCUGGAGCAUGCCAUCCCAAAAUUUCUUCUAUUCCUUAGAGAAGGAGAGCCCCAGUUUGUUGCAGAAAGCACUGUACAGCAAAUUCGUAAGCUUCUUCUAGAAAUUCUUCACAGAAUUCCUACAAAUGAACACCUUCGAGCACAUUUUAAGUCCAUACUUUCAUUAAUGUUUCAUUUGCUGGAGAUUGAAAAUGAAGAAAAUGUACUUGUUUGCCUUCGAAUCAUAAUAGAGUUACAUAAACAGUUUAGACCUCCUCUUCAGGCAGAGAUUCAACACUUUUUACAGUAUGUCAAGACCAUCUACAAAGAACUGCCUGUCAAUGUUAAGCAACAUUUUGAAGUGGUCUCCAUAUCAGCAACUGGUUUCCUUCCUACCGAGAGUCAAGGAAAUAAUCUGCCAGGAGCGUCAUCCCAAGGAAACACCCCUGUAGGCACACCAGCAGCAUCUCCAAUGAGUAGUGGCGACGGCGGUGGAGGAAAGACAGGACAACAGACAACUAUUCCUAAAGCCAUCAGUUCUCUCAAAGUUCUUGCUGAGUUACCAAUUAUUGUCGUGUUAAUGUAUCAGCUUUACAAGCAGAAUGUUUACACUGUUGUGGCUGAUUUCAUUCCACUGGUUAUGAAUACCAUUGUCCUACAGCCAUCUUUAAAUGCAAGAAAAUCCCCUACAUUCAACAAGGAGGUGUAUGUUGACUUUGUCGCUGCUCAGAUCAAGACCCUUUCUUUCUUAGCAUACAUCAUCAGGAUUUAUCAGGAAAUGGUUAAUACCUAUUCUCAGAACAUGGUUGGUGGUCUGCUUGGUCUUUUAAGAUACUGCCCACAGGAAGUAGCUCACUUGAGAAAAGAACUCCUGAUUGCUGCAAGACACAUUUUGGCCACCGACCUCAGAAAUAGAUUUGUACCUCAUAUUGACCAGUUGUUUGACGAAGAAGUUCUGAUCGGAACUGGCUGGACCACUAAAGAAUCUCUACGCCCACUUGCUUACAGUACAUUAGCAGACCUGGUGCAUCAUGUGCGCACACACCUACCUCUUCCUCAUCUGUCAUUGGCUGUCAGCAUGUUUUCAAAAAAUGUGCACGAUGACUCAUUGCCUGUCAGCAUACAAACAAUGUCUUGCAAGCUUCUUCUAAACCUAGUUGAAUGCAUAAGACAGAAGAGCGACGAACAAGGAUCAGGGAGAGAGAUUUUGAUGAGGAUGUUGGAAGUAUUUGUAAGAAAAUUCCAGUCCAUUGCCAAACAUCAUAUUCCAGCCAUUUUCAAGAAAUGUCAACAAGCAGCAGACAAUUCCUCAUCGUCAUCUGCCUCAGCAUCGUCUACGAACUCCACAACAGCCCAGGCAAACACAACAACAACAACUACUACUACUAGCACAACUUUAAGCUCUACCACCAGCACCACAACUUCCACCAUGUCAUCUGUUGGUGCAUCACUGUCUACUGUGGGUAAUGGAACAUCUACCACAGGUGGAGGACUGUCUACAGCAGGAAGCACAAGCAGUAGUUCCUCUGAAACAACGACUCAGUCUGACCAGGAUACUACUACUAAGAAGCCAUUACUUCAUACUUCAUCAGCAGCAAUAUCCAACACUUUCUCUGUUCCUGACUGCCGAAGUAUGGUAAAGACAUUGGUUUGUGGGGUCAAGACUAUAACAUGGGGCGCUGGUUCAUGUAAGGUCCCUGGAGGGAACAAACCAUUCCUUCCGUUAGAAACCCAACUGUUCACAAGAUUGCUGAAAUAUGCUCUACAAGCCCUUGACAUCUAUCAAGUAUCAGUCACUGCAAAUGGACAGUAUUUUCUUAGACCACCAAGUUCUCAGCAAGUAAGAAUGAAGGAGGAAAAAGAAAUCCUUGAGCACUUUGCUGGUGUAUUUACAAUGAUGAACACCUCCACCUUCAAAGAAGUUUUUUCCUCAAGCAUAGAGUAUUUGGUGGAAAGAAUACAUACAAAUUAUGCAUUACAGAUCAUUCCAAACUCAUUUCUUGCCAAUCCCAACACAUCUGCGACUUUUGCUACAAUUCUUGUGAAGUUUCUGCUGGAACGGCUGGAUGAGAUGGGAACUAACAUGGAUCGUUCCAAUCUGUAUCUUAAACUAUUCAAGUUGGUCUUUGGUUCUGUUUCACUGUUUGCUUCAGAAAAUGAGCAAAUGUUGAAGCCUCAUCUUCAUGAGAUAGUGAACAGAUCCAUGGACCUUGCCUGUACAUCUAAAGAACCUUACAACUACUUCUUAUUACUGAGAGCUCUCUUCAGAUCUAUUGGCGGAGGAAGUCAUGACCUGCUUUACCAGGAAUUCCUACCACUCUUGCCAAACCUACUUCAAGGUUUGAACAACCUUCAGAGUGGAGUACACAGACAGUACAUGAAGGAUUUGUUUGUAGAACUCUGCCUUACUGUUCCUGUUCGUCUCAG